UAAAUUCUGGGUCCGCUCCCCUUUGUUUUCAAAUGUCAUCAUUACAGCGUUCAUUUCCAGGCUCAUAGCAUUCACGUUACAGGGUAGUGCAUUAGGGUUCAGGGUGGAGAUCGACUUUCUAGCGGAGUUCUGUCUAAAGCUUGAAGCUUUAAUGGUUCUCCGGGUCCAAUUGAAACGGGUUUCUUCCCAAUUUGUUGAUUCCUUGUUACAUUGGUUGAUUUCCGAAGCUCGAUCUCUCCCGCAUCGCUGAGGUUUGAUUCUUCUGAUUCCUUUGAAAAUGUCUGGCACUGUUGCCUAACGUAGGACCGUUAUAUUUUUGUUGAGAAUUUGAGUGUGGGUUUGCCUUCCAAAUUUGGUCUGUGGGGCGAGGAGAUUGUUGUUGUGUUUGUAGAGUGUUGUUUUGUUGGAGAUGAAGAAAACGAAAAGUGAUCCUCCCAACAUGCGGAGGUUUAGACUGUCUCACUUGUUGUUUGGCAUUGGGGUGUUGUACUUGUUGUUUGUGUCAUGUAAAUUUCCACAGCUUUUAAGAAUUGUGUCAACGUUAAGUGGGGAUGAGAGUUAUAAUAAGUUGGAGGGGGCAGCUGUUUUGGACUCUGAAGAUUCAGAUUUGAGCAAGUCUAUUGUGAGUUCUGUUUAUAGAGAUGCAUUUCACAGGAGAUUGGAAGAUAGUAGGGACCAGGGUGCCCCCUUGAGGCCAAACACGGAGCCAAAGAAGGAGGAAGAGCGUCUUCCAGAGUCUACGAUGCAUAUUCCCCCUCGAUAUGGUAGGAUAACUGGGAAGAUAAUGCAGGAAUUUAAGAGGACCAACGAUUUGUCUGUGCUUGAGAAGAUGGAGGAGGAGGCAUGGAUAUUGGGGUUGAAGGCUUGGCAGGAAGUAGAUAAGGUUGAUGAGAAGGAGCCGGUAAAAAGUUCUGUGCUUGAUGGAAAGCCUGAGUCAUGCCCUUCUUGGGUGUCCAUUAAUGGGGACGAGUUGAUGAAAGGAGAUAAUUUAAUGUUUCUUCCAUGUGGUCUUGCAGCUGGUUCUUCGAUCACUGUGGUUGGGACACCCCAUUAUGCUCAUAAGGAGUAUGUUCCACAGCUUUCCAAGAAAAAGAAAGAUGGAGGGUUGGUUUCCGUUUCACAAUUCAUGGUUGAAUUGCAAGGGCUUAAGUCAGUGGAUGGGGAGGAUCCUCCAAAGAUCCUCCACUUGAAUCCUCGAAUUAGGGGGGAUUGGAGCAAACGACCUGUGAUUGAGCAUAAUACCUGUUACAGAAUGCACUGGGGAGCCUCUCAAAGAUGUGAUGGUCUGCCAUCUGGGGAUGAAGAAGAAAUGCUUGUUGAUGGAUACAGACGGUGUGAGAAAUGGAUGCGGAAUGACAUUAUAGACUCUAAAGAGACCAAGACAACAUCAUGGUUUAAGCGUUUUAUAGGACGUGAGCAAAAGCCAGAAAUGACCUGGCCGUUCCCUUUAAUAGAGGGCAGAAUGUUUGUCCUUACACUGCGUGCUGGUGUUGAUGGAUACCAUAUUAAUAUUGGAGGUCGCCAUGUAACUUCAUUUCCAUAUCGGACUGGAUUUACACUUGAGGAUGCUACAGGAUUGGCAGUUAAAGGGGAUUUGGAUGUUCAUUCAAUUUAUGCUACUUCUCUUCCAACUUCCCAUCCUAGUUUCUCACCUCAAAGAGUACUGGAAAUGUCAGAGACCUGGAAAGCCAGACCUUUACCAAAACAUCCUAUUAAACUUUUCAUUGGAGUUCUUUCGGCUUCAAAUCACUUUGCAGAACGCAUGGCUGUUAGAAAGACAUGGAUGCAAUCUGCUUCAAUCCAGUCUUCAAAUGUAGUAGCACGAUUCUUUGUGGCACUGAAUACAAGGACGGAAGUGAAUGCAGUGCUGAAGAAGGAGGCUGCUUAUUUUGGUGAUAUUGUCAUUUUGCCCUUUAUGGAUCGCUAUGAGCUUGUUGUUCUUAAAACUGUAGCCAUUUGUGAAUAUGGGAUUCAGAAUGUGACAGCUGCAUAUGUCAUGAAAAUUGAUGACGAUACAUUUAUUAGGGUGAAAACCGUCUUGAAGGAAAUUGAGAAGGUGGCCCCAGAAAAGUCCCUUUAUAUGGGCAAUCUCAAUCUCUUACAUCGGCCUCUAAGAAAUGGCAAAUGGGCAGUCACUUAUGAGGAGUGGCCAGAAGAAGUAUAUCCUCCUUAUGCAAAUGGACCUGCAUAUGUAAUUUCCAGUGAUAUUGUUACCUUCAUCCUAUCUCAACACAAGGAUAGGAGGCUAAGGCUCUUUAAAAUGGAGGAUGUAAGCAUGGGAAUGUGGGUUGAGAGAUAUAAUAGUACUGUUGCUCCAGUCCAGUACUCCCACAACUGGAAGUUUUGUCAGUAUGGAUGCAUGGAGGGAUACUUCACUGCACAUUACCAAUCACCAAGACAGAUGAUCUGUCUGUGGGACAAAUUAUCAAGAGGUCGAGCUCGUUGCUGCAACUUCAGAUGACCGCAAGUAUAACAACUUUACCUCUUUGACUUGCCACUGUAUCUUUGUAUUCUUUAUAUCCUUGUCCCGAUCUUAGUUCACCUAGGUUAAUAUUUGGAGAAAACUACGAUGACAACAAAAGUUAUAACAAAUUCAAUUUUGCAAGAAAUGAAUGAAAGUGUAGUGGUAGAAGUUGUACCUAA